GUAAUUGCAUGUCACUGAUGUCAGCAUCUUUGGUGGGACGUUCAAAUUUAAAUGACCGUAGUUGGUUUCUGUAUGUUUGUAAUGUUUUGUUGAUAUCGGUGUCGUAGUAUAGAGACAAUCGUUUCAUUUUUUUUAGAAAAUGAACGAGACGUACAUCGCAAGUAAUUCGACGCAGCAAGCAGCUUUAGAUGCGUACGUACAGAAGCUGAAAGAGCAAAUAGCACUACGUAAUGGAGAACCGAAGGAAUGGUGUCUUGAUGACUUCGAAAUAGGCUGUCCUCUAGGUGAAGGGAAGUUUGGACAUGUGUACAUGGCAAGAGAGAAGACAACAGGGACUAUAAUUGCGCUGAAAGUAAUGAUGAAAUCGGAAAUUACUGGUGCCAGAGUAGAAAGACAAGUUCUCCGCGAGAUAGAGAUACAGACACAUCUGAGGCAUCCGCAUGUCCUACAACUCUACACGUACUUUUAUGAUGAGAAGAAGAUAUAUUUAAUUUUAGAGUUCGCUGCUAAAGGAGAAUUGUACAAAGUGCUUAAUGCAAGCCCAAAUGGUCGCUUUGCUGAACCUGUAGCAGCAAGAUACAUGUAUCAGGUUGCAAAUGCUUUGCAAUAUUGCCAUGAAAAUAAAGUGAUUCAUCGUGACAUAAAGCCUGAAAAUUUGCUCCUUACUUCUGAUGAUAAAAUAAAAAUGGCUGAUUUUGGUUGGUCUGUACAUGCACCAAGCAAUCGGCGGAAGACAAUGUGCGGCACCUUGGACUAUCUUCCUCCAGAGAUGGUAGAAGGGAAGCCUUAUGAUCAUAAUGUAGAUAACUGGUGCAUAGGUGUCCUCUGUUAUGAAUUUCUUGUUGGGAAACCGCCUUUUGAAACAGAUUCUUCGAAAAAAACGUAUAGUCUGAUACGAGAAGUCAAAUAUAAAAUACCAGACUAUGUAUCAGAUUUGGCAAAGGAUCUGAUAAGUAAGCUCCUGCAGCGUGAUCCAAAGCAGCGUCUGCCAUUGAAGCUUGUGAUGAGUCAUCCUUGGAUACGAAGCUAUGUUAAAGACAUAUAAUGUAAAUGUCGCGUCCUUGUGCUUGUUUCUUUUACUGUGCUUACGAGAGCUGAUGCAACUCAUUGUGUAGAGUAUUGUAUUGUGUGCAGGUUUUAAUUUUUAUGAAUUUGUAUUUGUAGCAUAUUUGUUUUUUAGUAACUUAUUGACACUUAUAAAAAUGAUUCUUGUCUUAUGAGUUU